AAGAAAAUUAGGCACUACUACAUAACAUGAGUCUUCUAUAUGGAACUAAGCUCAUAGAUAGCAACUAAUGCACAAGCUCUUAGGUAAAGCCCAUUUGAUUUUGAACCACCCGGAAGGUCGUUGGGCCUUUAAUAAAAUUUAUAAAGCAUAUUUUUAAAUAAAUACCAACAGUACAGUGCAAUUCAAAUUACCAACGUACUCGUAGGGAUAUAUAUAUAUUAAUUAAUUAAUUAUAGGAUCCCAUGCAAUUCAUCAUUACUUAGUUUGUGCUCCAAAAUAAUAUAUAUUAUUUGGUAUCCAAUGUCCUGUCUUUCUCUUUCUUGAGUUUGCACUAGCCAAAUCGAUUCUGCCACAUAGGAGAGGCACACACCUGAAAAGCAUUCAGCGACCGGAAUAUUGAAACCCAAAAUGAGAAAAACGAGCGUAGAGCACGUUCAUUGUGAUCAUGUCGUCGUAGCGGCGGUGGAAGCCGAUAGAGCAUACGUGUUCUACGCAUAUAUAAAUACCUCCAUUCUCUCCUCAUGCAAACAAAACACCAAUCGAUCAGGAGCCAUUCGUUCCGUUCAUCGCUCUGCAGCACCUGAUCGACCAACUUUUUUACAUAAGAAGUUAGCGUCCUCCCCUUCUCAUGACGAGCCCUGUGGUCUGCAGCUGCAGCGGCAGAUCAUGCAUGGAUCUGAACUACAUAUGAACAACAACAACAACAACAACAAAAUUCAUCUGAUUUAGGGCCCCAUUGUAAAAGGUGAAAGAUGGGAAAAGUCCUGGUAUCCAUUAUUGCUCUCCUUGUUACACUAUCGCAUCUGGGUGCGUGCCAUGGAGUAAAGCCAGUCCCAGCUGGGGAACAAGGAAACAAGAUCAUUCCGGCACAAGCCGCGGUGUCCAGCUCAAUCUGCAACUCAUGUUUGGAGUCUUCAAGAAGAGCUGAAAAGGAACUGAACGAUGUAAACCUGUUUGAAGAGGUUGACAUACUGAUAAGUGAAGGGUGCAGCUCUUUGCCGCCUAAUUUUAAAGCCAAGUGUUUGGCGGAGUCCAGAGCUUUCGUAGAUGAAGCCAGAGUAUCUUUGGCGAACUUGUUCCACAAAGAAACUCUUUGCGGCAGGACGGGAUUAUGCACGGACAGCAAAUAUGCGCUUCCGACUAAUAAUGAUCAGCUACUUGUAUUGCCCACCAUGUCGCCCAGGAGGGAGGAUCAAACGUGCUUGGAUUGCCGAAAAGGGGUAAAGAAUAUUGCUGCUGCAUUAAGGAAACCAAAGAUUAAGAUAAAAGUAAUGAAGACUGUUCUCGCAUUAUGCGAAGAAGCAGAGGAGGAGGAACGCACGUGCAAGGACAAAAUCCGCAAUUAUGUCAAUCUCAUCCUGACAGGGCUCGACAACGUCAGAGCAAGUGAACUGUGCCGCCUCCUGGGUAUGUGCGACGCGGGCAAUUCCGUUUGAUCCGAUCAAGUCUUCGAUAUUUAUAAGCACUAUUUGAUCUUCCCAGCUUUUAUCAGCAAUUCGCCUGAAUAACUUCGUAUGCCGCGCGCGUAUUGACGGACAUAUGCAGGGAUGCUGUUAAUGAACUAUAUAUUUAUAUGGAGUUAGCAAUCCUGAACACCAGUUUUGUACCUUUCUUUCCAGUGUGAGAAUUUUAGUCUGGCAAUAACAAUCAUCAAAUAUUCUUCCAU